UGUUGGUGUGGAUAAGUUUGGCCUUGCGAUGGGGGAGGCGCCGAAGCCCAAGUCGCCGCCGAGGUACCCGGACCUGUGCGGCCGGCGGCGGCUGCAGCUGGAGGUGCAGAUCCUCAACCGGGAGGUGGGCUUCCUCGAGCAAGAGCUACAGGGACUUGAACGGAUUCAGCCGGUCUCGAGGUGUUGCAAAGAUGUCAGCGAAUUUGUCGGUGCAAAGUCAGACCCGCUUAUACCAAUAAACAAAAGGAAGCACAGAUCUUGCAGUCUUUAUCGGUGGAUCAGAUCAAAAUUGUGCACCUGCUUGUCAUGUCUCUGCUGCUGGUGCCGGUGCCUCCCAAAGCCCAAGAAACCGAGCUGCUUCAGCUGUUCUUGCUGCUCCUGCUGCGACACAUCAUGCUGUAGACCGAGCUGCAGCUGCCUGAAGACCCCUUCGUGCUGUUGCAAAUCUAACUGCAGCUGCUGCAGCAGCGAUUGCUGCACCUGCAGCCUUCCCAGCUGCGACUGCGGCUGCACAGGCUGCGGCCAUUGCCGACCGCGGUGUGGCAGCAGCUGCUGCUGCUGUCCACCCGGUGACUGCUCCUCCUGCGGCGGCUGCUGCAAACCAUGGAGCUGCGGCACCGACCAAUGCUGCACGGGGUGCUCGUGCUCGUGCCCACGGUGCUGUAGCUGCGCCGGCUGCUGCCCCGUCGCGAAGUGCUCCUGCGCGGCGCCCUGCACCGGCUGCCUCGCGUUGCUCCGGCGGUGCCUGACCUGCCGGUCGUCGUGCUGCAAGGGGCAGCAGCCGUCCUGCUGCAAGUGCCAGUCGUCGUGCUGCGAGGGGGAGCCUUCCUGCUGCUGCGGCGGCAAGGGAUCGCCGUCGUGCUGCUGCGGCAGGUCGUGCCUCGGCGGCGCAGCGCCGUCGCCGUCGUGCCCCGAGUGCUCCUGCGGCUGCGCGUGCUCCUGCCCGAGGUGCAGGGAAGGGUGCAGCUGUCCGUCGUGCGGCAACCCGUGCUGCGCCGGCGGAUGCUUAUGCUAAAGUAGUUCGUUGAUUAAUUAGUUUGGCUUGUAUUUUCUUUUGUGCUUAUUAGAUAUUGGAUUUGAGUAAAACUUUGGUCAUAUAUGGUACUUACUUAAAUAAUUAUACUUGAGCACCAAAUGGUAAGGUCGAAAAUAGUUCACUGUAGGUGUUAUCAACUGUGAGACUAGUGAGUUUUGUACAAAAUAGUCCACUGUAGGUGAUAUCCAUUCUAACCUGUUUUAGGAAAAGUGAUGGGCGUCUCUAAUUUUGUCUGCGUAUAUCCGAGUAAAUAU